UAAUAAUAAUAUAUAUUAAUGCUUAUAAUAACAAUAAUGUGUUUUGAGGGGUGAAGUUUGACCUACAUCACAGCUGACGUCGGUUGUCAACGUGUCUACGUCAGACGCUGUUGAGCUGCCAUGGCAACGGCGGCAGCUUGUUCCUGUAACUGAAGCUGAGAAGCAGCUGGUUAGCAUGUUGCUGGUCAACUAACCUAGCUAGUUAACUAGUUAUACGAUAUUAACCAGCUAGUUAACCAAGUUUAAAUCAGCGCGAUGACAAAGGAGUGAGUCCUCGCGGGGUUCAGUCGGCCGCGAGACAUGACCGUCCGCUUCAAGUGUAGAAGUGAAUACCAGAAGAGCUACAGGGUUUCCCGGUCCAGAAGUGCGUCGUCUCAGCGCUGCGUCCCAUUGGCUGGCCUGCGCUCGGACCAGAUGGGUAUCAGCAGAGAACCGUGUUUCCAGCGUCGGAGGAGGUUCAGUCCUCGUGGUCUCGCUCAGUCCUGCAGCUCUCAGCUCCGUCCUCCAGAUCCACAGCCGCCUGCACACAGAGUAGCGCCCCCUGUUGCCUCAAGGAGUCGCUCAGCCCACAGGAAGGACUCUUCUCUGGAGGCAAAUCCUCCAACACCUCCUGGAGCACGAGCUGACCCUGGACCUCCAGCAGGACCAGUACCUGCUGCAGAACCCGGACCCUCAGUAGAACCAGGAGAUGCUGGAAAAUCUGAGAAGCCCCGCCCCUCCGAGCCUGACAGCCAACCACAGCUGAGCCGACCUUUGACAGCAGAGCCUGAUGGACCGAAGCCCUCGGCCAAUGAGGUUCAGCACGCUCUGCGGUGGAGGGCGGGGCUGAGGGCGGGAGGUCAAAGGUCAGGAAGUCAAAGGUCAGAGUACCACAGACAGUUCAGCUGGAAGAAGCCGGCAACUGCUGCUUCACCAAUACUGACUGCAGAACAGGUUCUCCACGCCAGCAGCAGAUCUGUGCCGCCCUUUAAGAAACACCCUGUUCCCAUGGAAACAGAGUAUCGGCGCAGCUUCCAGGGUCUGGUCCCGCCCCCCGAGCCCCUGGAGCAUCAUCAGAGAGUCCCACUGUUCCACACACACACGAACAACAAAAAGAGGAGGGAGGAGUCAGAGGGGAAGCCCCGCCCCAAACAGGAUGUUCCCUCCAAUCAGAAAGAGGAUGCCACGCCCCCUCCUCCUCAGGUGCAGAGAGGACACAGGGUCCCGGAGGGGGGCGGAGCCACGGACGACGGCGCCCGUCAGGCGAAGGCGUUGAGGCAGCAGGCUCUGUCCUACCGCCAUCGAGCCUGGGGAGCCAACUUCUCCAGAGAUCACCUGAGCCAGCUUCUGUCCCAACACAACGCUCUGUGGGAGCCGACGGACACCACGGACUCCGACACCACCACCCCGUGCCUGACCUUUGACCUCUGCCCCGACACGGACAGCCGCAGCUCGUCCUCCGUGGAGGCUCUGGACCUCGCCAGCCGCUCCAGUAGAAACACACAGAUACAAACAGCUGACAGACGCACGGCCUGGGGAGGAGGAGGAGGAGGAGGAGGAGGAAGUACAGACGAGGAGGAGGGAAGGUUACCGACUCCAAGGCUGAAGAUACGACCGGUUCAGAGAACUCACCAUGAUCUCACCACACCUGCCACUGGAGGCGCUAUACUCGUGGGGAAACUGAAGAGCGAUGAUGAAUCUUCUCCUCACAAACCGAGGUGUGGGUCGGCCGUUUCCAUGGCAGCGGGGGCGGAGACCGCGACCGACACGCCGGUCAGGCUGAAGGAGGCGUGGCAUGAUAAUAACCCCGCCCACGUCACCUCUUCUGGCCCCUCCCCCGACCACAAACCAGCCACCGGUCCCUCCUCUAAACCAAUCAGGACGAAGCACACGUCUCGGCACCCUGUAACCCCGCCCCCACUGGUCCCGCCCCCACAGCACUGCAUCCAGGGCACUCUGAGGAACGCCGACUUCCAGCACAACGGGGAGCUGGGUCUGAGGUUCAGGGAGCUGCAGUGUGCGGCGCGAGGCUCUGAUGAAGACGACCGGCUGUCGGUGAUGUCGUGGCGUUCGGCGGCCUCCUGCUCCGUGGCGUCCGCCGUGCUGGAGCGCGCUCAGAAGAGACGAGAGAGCUUCUGGGGGAAGAGAUGACCUCUGACCUCUGACCUGUAGUGUACAUGUUGUAAAGAACUUAGUGAGAAUUAUGUAUUUUUAUAGAUGAAUUCAAGGUGCUGACAAAGUCAUAGAUGUUUUUUAUAAAUGUCUUAAUUAUGUGCGUUUAAUAAUUAUGUUUAUUUUGUACUAAUGUUGCAGAUCAAACUCAUAAAGUGACAAAAACACAAACUUAUUUGAGUUUUUACUUCGUUACAGACGGAAAUAAAUCUAUGCAAAGCAUAAAUAUCUGAGGGGAAGUUUAAAUCUGUCGGUUUCCUCCUGAAGGACGUUUGACAAGUUUUACGGUGAUUUCCCCAAAACACUGGAUGCACCUCGUGCUGUCUUCUGUUACAGUAAACAAACUUUGUGCUUUAAUAUAUAAAUAAUAUUAAUAAUUGCAGUUAAAACAAUACACAUAAUAAACAGAUGAUGACAUCACACACAAAGAGCUUAAUGAAAUGAAAAGAGAUCCUUCAGUGUUUAAAUAAUGAUGCGUAUUUCUCCUUCUUGACUGAGCUUUAAAAAUGUUUGUAUUCAUAAAUAUUUUACCCAAUAAAACAAAAUACAAGUACCUCAAAAAUACUUGAUGGUUAAAGGUCGUUAUUUUCUUACGAGUCAUUUGAACGUCAAUAUAUUUUUUCAAACUGUUUUAGUGAGUAUUUCACACACAAUGCGAAUAUCGCAUGCCGACCAUCGACCAUCGUCACACCUGAACAACGUGAUCGUAACGAGUUGAGUUGCUCAAAUGUUUACGAGGAUUUUAAAACAUGCCGAUGAAACAAGACGGCAAACUUUAUUACUCCAGUUAGACUCCUUCUGUUCUUACCGGUCACAGUAAAAGCCCUAAAUGUCCUGAAGUUCCUCUUUCGGUUUAACAGCUGUUUUUAUAACCGUCUUUAUUAUGUUGGGAAUUCACAACAAAAUUCCUGAAACUUCCCCCCCCUCCCCCCAUUUCUUUCUUUAAAAAUAAACAAAUAAACAACU